AUCGUUUUCUGAGCAGUUAGGUAAGAGUUUUGUUACCGAAUUUCAUGUUCUUCGAUUUUGAAUCUGGAUGAUUGUAUGAUGUGAUUAGUAGACUCGCUUAGAUUUUGUGAUCUGUGUAUGGUUUGUGGCUAAUUUUGGUUUCAUCGGUGGUAUGAAUUUAUUUGGGGUUUUAGGUUUGUUUGAUUACGUAAUCGGACUGUUUACUUGAAGAUUUAUCGAUUAUAGUUGUGAUCGUUUUUAGUUGAUUGAGAAGAAGAAAAUAAAUUUCAUGCUCUUGUUAUUGUCGCGAUUGUGGCGAUUUUCAGUGUCUUAUGAAUCAAUUAUGUUGCAUGUGAGUCUUGGUGCAAUUGAGAUUGUUUCCUUUUUUUACUAGAUUGCUUGUCUUAUUGAACAAAACUUUCCAUUUAUGUUGAAAAGGUUUAUAGGAACGGAUGUUUAGGGUUUUGUUGUAAUCUGGGUAUUUGCUUUCUGAUUUCGGCAAGCAAAUGUCGAUUUCAAGGUUUAUAUCACUUUCUCUAGCAAAAGAAGUCUUUAGUCAUUUGCAAAGUCAAGAGAGUUUUUACUUUAUUUAUUGCUUCCACGCUAUUGCUUCGUGGCUGAUUGAGAGAGACCAAUUAAACUAAUAAUUUGUAGUUUGUACAAUAUAUUGCGUGUAACAUUGUCCUUCGUUAUCUGUUUGAGGAGGAGGACCGAGUUAGCCUAUUUUUAGUCACUUUACAAAUUUUCUUUUAUGUUGCAUCAUUCAAUAUGAACUCUCUGAUAUAAAUAUAUGUAUACAUACUGGUUGACUUUUAUGGGUAAAAUGAAGAUAUACUCUAGAACGGUUGCUGUUUCACUCAUUGUGUCAUUCCUCCUGUGUUUCUCUGCCUUUGCUGAGCGCAAUGACGGGACCUUCAGAGUUGGACUGAAAAAACUCAAGUUGGAUUCGAAAAAUCGGCUUGCAGCACGCGUCGAAUCCAAGCAAGAAAAGCCCCUGAGAGCUUACAGACUUGGAGAUUCUGGAGAUGCUGAUGUUGUUGUGCUUAAGAAUUAUCUAGAUGCUCAGUACUAUGGUGAGAUCGCCAUUGGUACUCCACCUCAGAAGUUCACUGUGGUUUUUGACACUGGGAGCUCUAACCUCUGGGUGCCAUCAUCAAAAUGCUAUUUCUCACUUGCAUGUCUCUUGCAUCCCAAAUACAAGUCGUCUCGUUCAAGCACAUAUGAGAAGAAUGGAAAAGCUGCCGCAAUUCAUUACGGCACUGGAGCAAUUGCUGGUUUUUUUAGUAAUGAUGCUGUCACAGUUGGCGAUUUAGUUGUCAAGGAUCAGGAGUUUAUCGAGGCAACCAAGGAGCCUGGUAUAACAUUUGUUGUAGCUAAAUUUGAUGGUAUCCUUGGUCUUGGAUUCCAAGAGAUCUCUGUUGGAAAAGCUGCUCCUGUUUGGUACAACAUGCUCAAGCAAGGCCUUAUCAAGGAGCCGGUUUUUUCAUUUUGGCUUAACCGUAAUGCAGAUGAAGAAGAAGGUGGUGAACUUGUAUUUGGAGGUGUUGAUCCAAAUCAUUUCAAGGGCAAACAUACAUAUGUUCCUGUGACACAAAAGGGCUACUGGCAGUUUGACAUGGGUGAUGUUCUUAUUGGCGGUGCACCCACUGGGUUCUGUGAAAGUGGCUGUUCUGCGAUAGCAGAUUCUGGUACAUCUUUGCUUGCCGGUCCAACGACUAUAAUCACCAUGAUAAACCAUGCUAUUGGAGCAGCUGGAGUUGUUAGCCAGCAGUGCAAGACUGUUGUGGAUCAAUACGGGCAGACCAUUUUGGAUUUACUUUUGUCUGAGACCCAACCGAAGAAAAUCUGCUCGCAGAUUGGUCUGUGUACUUUUGAUGGUACCCGUGGUGUCAGUAUGGGCAUUGAGUCGGUGGUGGACAAGGAAAACGCCAAAUUGUCUAAUGGUGUUGGAGAUGCUGCGUGUUCUGCAUGUGAGAUGGCUGUUGUGUGGAUCCAGAGCCAGUUGAGGCAAAACAUGACUCAAGAGCGCAUAUUGAACUACGUCAACGAGCUAUGUGAACGCCUCCCCAGCCCAAUGGGAGAGUCUGCAGUUGACUGUGCACAACUGUCAACAAUGCCCACUGUUUCACUUACCAUUGGAGGCAAAGUAUUUGAUCUUGCUCCAGAAGAGUAUGUUCUGAAAGUUGGUGAGGGACCUGUGGCACAGUGCAUCAGUGGUUUUAUUGCUCUUGACGUUGCUCCACCUCGUGGACCUCUCUGGAUCUUGGGAGAUGUGUUCAUGGGCAAAUACCACACCGUAUUUGACUUUGGUAACGAACAGGUCGGGUUUGCAGAGGCAGCCUAAACACGAUCGGGUUGGUGUCGCGUAUGGUUUUAGUAUGAACAAUCUGCGUCUCAAGUGUUGUUUGUAUGUUUUCUGGAGUUGAGGACUUUGAGUCGUAGUAGAAAUGGUGGCGCAGUUCCUUUUAAGUUGUUUCCUAACGAAAAAAGGCCUUUGUAGUUUUGAAGGCAUUGGCUUUGUAAAUACCUUCUAAGUAAGUUCGAUGGUGAAAAAACUGAAAACUUUAAUAAAGCCUGCCUCUUUUGUUUAUGCUUAGUAAGUUGUAUCAAAUGGUUCGGUAAAAACGGUGUAGCAUAAAAAAUUUGAAAAUGGUCAAGCUCGCUUUAUCUUCAUUUUCUAACCACAUAAAUUCCUACGUCAAAAAGUCACGAUGAUAAUAGUUAUUUGUCAUAUAUUGAAGAACGUUCCUG